GUCUCACUAAUAAAACAAUCAAACAGAGAGAGUGUCUGUUAAUAGUUCCAAAACAAUCGGUAUGGAGUGAAACUGCCAAACAGAUACUUUUAAAUUCUUUAAGAUUUAUGCGGUUUGAUAGAUCUUUGCUUGCUAACAAUACAAAAUAUAUUCUUUCAUAUUCCUGCUGCCAAGAUGGAAGGUGACUUAAUCUCUGAUAUUAUGGAAUCAUUGUCUCCGCAAACCCUAAUUAUAUCACUGGCAGUCUUGAUAUUAGCAAUUGCAUACUUUUCUUUAAAAGAUAAAGAUUUACCACCUGGCCCAAUAGGUUUGCCAUACUUUGGGUAUUGGCCAUUUUUGAGCAACAGCAACUGCCAUCUGAAGUUACACGCACUGAGGAAGAAGCAUGGUGACGUUUUCAGCUUCAAAGGCACUGGACGUUUAUACAUUAACUUGGGAAGCCUAAAAGCAAUUCGAGAAGCGUUGGUAACCAAAUCAGAAUAUUUUGGUGAUAGAGUCAUGGAUUACAAUUUGAUGACUCACCUUUACCGAGACGGAAUAGCUUUCGUAAAUGGAGAACCAUGGAAAGUUGUUCGAAAAUACUUUGCAGUACUUUUGAAAGAACGCGGCUCAAAUUCUCUGAAAACUAGUAUUGCCGGUCCAUUUUAUGAUUCCAUUAAGCGUAUCAUCAGCGAGCUUAAAGAAAAGAAUGGCGAACCUAUAAAUUUAAUUGAUUUUUUGACUCACAAAUGUAAUAUUAUCAUGCGCCUGACUCUGUUCGGUGAGAUUGGAGCUACAGAGGAACAAAUCAGAAAACUGAAUGAAUUGUAUGCUAUUCAAUUACGAUGCUUUCUUCCAAAAUCUCUGCUUUUGUGUGGAACUUUUGCAAAGUAUUUUAUCUUUCCUUUUAUGCCACACUUCUCUGAGGCCUUGAAAUGUCGAAUCAAAAUGGAAAAACUACUUUACGAAUUGAUAGACGAACACAAGUCGACUUACGACCCAGAUAAUCCACGUGAUAUAAUUGAUGAGUUUUUCAAAGAAAGGGACAGAAGACAAAGCAAGGGAGAUCCCACUGCAGAAUACUUUACAGAUAAAAUUUUGAUGGGUUCGCUGAUGCAAUUCAUGGCAGAUGGUGUCCUCUCUACUGCAUCUAUCAUUGGCAUAUUAAUCAAAAAUUUAAUAGACCAUCCCGAAGAACAGGAUAAAAUUUAUAAGGAAAUCGUCGAAGUGGUAGGUCAAGACAGACAGCCGGCAAUUGAAGACAAAAGCAAGCUUACUUUUUUCAACGCUUGUGUACUGGAAACUUUCAGAACAUCGGAUUUCUUUACUUUCUUUAUGAGUCAAGAAUGCACAAAGGAAACUACUUUGGGGGGAUACAGAAUUCCCAAAAGAGCAAUAUUGCUCAUUAACUUUUAUUCGUGCAAUCACGACCCCGAAAUAUAUGAAGAGCAGGAGAAAUUCAAUCCAUCCAGAUUCAUUCCAACAGAAGGGAAGAAAAGACCAGAGUUGCCCAUUUUGUUUGGAAUAGGAAAAAGAUCCUGUUUAGGAGAAGGUUUCGUUAUGACGCAAAUUUUCUUACUUCUGACAACCUUAAUACAAAAUUUCCAUCUGUCCCUGUCAGGAGAUCCAGAGAAGUUACCCAUUGAAAUCUUCUUGUCUGGCAAUCUGCCUGUUUGUGCUAAGCCGAGGGAAUGACGGAAGCAUUUCACGUUGCAAUAUGUUUAUAUGACAAAUGUAGCUGCAUAUGCCAUAAAACAUGUAAUAGCAUUCAUUUACAUGUAAUGCUGUGCUUUGAUAUGCUGUUUAUUUUGCACAAAUUUGAAUAAAUAAGACAUUGUUGCAUAUAUUUCAGCUAUUUUAAUUGAAAGGGUAAAGCUUAUUAUUGUGCGUAGUCAUUCUUCGAUUUCUGAGUAAUUAAAAGCAUGAAAAUUCGUAGUAAUUCAUAGUCAAGUUUUCAAAUUUACACUAUACUAUGUAUUAAAUUCUUUUAGACAUGAAGCCGUCUCUAUAACAAUGGUGCACAGGUUUAUUCACUAGUUUAUAAAAAAAAAUAAGUAGAAAGUCAAUAAAAAUUUUAUUUCAUUAAGUGUCACAAAUAUAUUAUUUCGAAAUGAAUAUUGUUAUUAAAUAUUUACACCAAAUAAUAUCAUAAAUUCAAAAAAAUAUCUAUAAUAUUUAGAUUAACUAACACUAAUGAUGCUAAUAAACUCGAAUGAAAAUUAACACAUGACAUAAAUAGAAGAUGAUUUUAGAUAAAUAAGACAAGGCUUGAGAAUAAAUUAAAGAAAAAUAAAUAAAUAAAAUUUUAAAAAAGUGUUUCUAAUGUAAAAAUAAAAAAUGCAUAACGAUAAAAAAGUGAAAAAAGUAAAUAAAUAAUUAAUUUAAACAGAAAAGAUCUGUAUUUAAUAUUUCUAGCAAUUCACAAUCUAAAAAAAUGCGGGAGAAUCAUUGGAAUCUAAAAUUGAUUUGACUACACACAUUUUACUUCAUGAUGUGAGCAUGAAUUGAUUCGAUUGAUGUAUAAUUACAGAUUUGCCUCAUUUGCAUAAAAAAUUGUGUAUUUGUUGAAAAUAAAAUUAAAUUUAUCUUUUAUAAAAA